AUGGACGAGCUCCCGCUGAGCUUCCAGGGCCUCAAGUUCGACACAGCCGGCAGUCCAGCCCCGUGGACCACCCUCCCCUCCAGCCAGGGCCCGCUCCGCCCUCGCGUCCUCGUGUGCGCCCUGGUGACGUUGGCCCGCGUCCUGCACGAGUCGGGCGAGCAGAGCCACAUCCUCGCCGCCGCCCUCGACCGCGCACGCCACGCCCACGACGACCAGCGCUCGACCGUCGCCCGCGCCAAGCUCGCCGUCCUGCACGCCAGCCGCGCCGCCCAGGUUGCGCAUGGCGAGGCGCGCCGGAUCGAAAAGCUCAGCGCCGUCUUCCGCCAAGGCGCCGACCGCGCCGUCUCGGCCAUCGACCGCAAGGUCCUGCGCCUCGUGCGCGGCGGGCGCCGCGUCCAGGACGCCCUCAGCGAGGCGGGCCGGCGGCGAGGCGACACGGGCGGCGACGACCCGCUCGAUCCUUACGGGUUCGUCGAGGAGCUCGCCCUCGACCUCGACUUUGACCAGGUCGACGUCGUCGAGGGCACCAAGGCGGCCGACGACCCGCUCGGCGACGAGUGGCAGACGAUCGAGGACGACCUCGUCGCGACCCUCGCCGGGCGCGUGAUCGACAAGGCGAGCCCGCGCCUGACGAGCACGUUCCGCAUGCCGCCCCUCGACGGCGCCGAGGCCGACGCCGAGCUCGACGCGCUCCCGGCGAGCCUGCCGCCAACGCCGCCAGCGUCGGUCCACUCGAGCGAGCCCGACGACCCCGAGGGCGACGCCGACGAGCUCGACCCAGACGAGGACACGAUCGCCCGUCUGCUUCGCCCCAUCGUCCACCCUGUCGUCGCCCUCCUCCACCACCUGCACGACCUCCUCGGCAAGCGCCUCACCUCGUCGAUCGACGCGUUCGAGUCGCUCGUCCACGCCUCGUCGGCCGCCGUCGACACGCACCGCCUCGCGACGCAGCGCCUGACCAAGUGCGCCGCCAAGCUGCGCGACCUGCGCGAGCUCGAGCGGCGAGCGCUCGAGGAGUUCGAGCGUACGAUGGACGAGCUGCGGGACGUCGUCGUCGAGCUCGCCAAGUGGCGCAACGGCGUCGGCGACGACGACGACGACGGCGAUGGCGACUAGCGGGUUCGCAAGCUCUCCUUUCCGUCCUUUCCCUCCUCUCUCUGUCUCUCUGCUGCUGUACAUAGCGUCGUACCCCCCUCAUUCGUCUGUCCUUGUAUUCUUCCGCAAUGCACUGCCGUUCUAGCUUU